CAUGCUUAACCUUUAGCAGCACUUAGGCACAGGUUAUUCGUAUUGGGCUUCGUAGGGAACGUUGCCUUUUGGGCGCUUUUUUCUAUGGCAAUGGCGACGAGUCGACCAUAAACCAAAGCUUCCAGCAUUAUGUACGCAUCUACCAUUAGAGUAAUAACUAAACAACUACUUUCCUUAAAGGUUAGCUUAUGUUCUGCGUCUUAAAGUUCCCGUCGGCCCAAGCUCUCCGUAACCCUCCCCAAAUGGCCCAAAACAUUGAUAUUAUGCAUGCUUUCACCUAGCAUUCGUUUUGCUGCAGGACCUAGGGGUUCCAGGCAUCGUACACCCACGGGGUUACAGGGGUUACGCCCCCCUCAAUAACGGGAUAUAGGGAUUGUAGUUCCGGAGCACCUGGGGACUACUUGCAACGUACCGUAACGUGCCCGGAUAAUUGCAUAAGUUGGCAGUGACUCUGGCAAAGCAAGGAACGGCCAUUGGCAAGGGUAUUAGUCGUCAGCGCUGCUCAACACUGUUCACUAUACAGUAGGUUGCUUUUAAAGGCUUCAUAAACUGUUUAUUCGGCAUACACUAUCGAAUUGAUAUGUCCUUUACAAGCAGUUCAAGCUCUGCAAUUCAAAUCGGAGCCUUGCUUGCAGUCUUGGCGCUCGCAUGCAGCCAGUGUCACGCCCAGAGGCGCUCACUCUGGAAUGGUGAUCUACUUGGGAUUAUUUAUAGUCCUCCGCCGCCGCCAGCAGAUGUGAAUGAAGCCGAACUCUCGCCAGACCAUGCGGAGCGAAGCAGGGUUCAGCACCUGGCGCAUCAAUACAACGCAGCGGAGGUCCUGACGCGAUGGGCCGAGUCAACGUUCGCACUUACAGCAAAGGCGCACGCGGCUUUGGUGCAGCAGCCGGGUGGUCCCACCGGGUCGGCAUGCGUCUACGAUGGCAACCAAUGCCUCUUCAACCCAAUGAACUUGGGAAGCGGCGCCUUCCCAGUACCGGAGCUGCCUGCUGAGAAGACUCUGAAGCGCUUUGCACUGGAAGCGAUGUCAUGUCGCCUUUCAACCGACCGCGCCACAUGCCACCUUGACGCCAACUGUGACUGGGACGAUACCACGGGCGCGUGCUUCCUCGCGCACGACCCCCACUCGGACUUUGCGCAGGCCAUAGCGCCCUGCAACGACGACCUCUACACGCCUCAAACCGCGGCCUGCUGGCGUCGCCGCCCCGUCGCCAACUCCCCGCUCCCCUGCGGCUCCUUUGGCUGCAAGCUCUACCCGCGGAGCCCCAUCAGCGUAGCAGGCGGUGUGGGGAGCCAACAGGGAGGGGGGCUGCCCGAGGACCGCUGCAUGCCUGACCUGCCGGCUUCUUCUUCUUCCUCUUCUACUACUUCUUCUUCUACUGGGGGAGGAGGAGUAGCCGCUGCCAGCAUGCGGCCAGCGCAGUUGUACGCCUUGUUAAAGGGGUAUUAUGGGCUGGGAAUGGAGGGUGACGCGGCGGCGGCGGCGGCGGCAGCGGGAGGGGAAGCGGGAGGAGGAGCAGGGGCGACGGUGCCGGCGGGGUUUGGUCGGUGCCAUGCGGCGGCGCUGCAUGAGGCGUUUCUGACGGUCUGCCGGGAGCCGAGGCGGGAGACGUGUCUGGCUGAUGCAAGGUGCGCCUGGAUGAGCGGUAUUGUGCGUGGGAAGCACUGCGUGCUGAGCAGGGACACCGUCAUCCAGCUGCUCCUGGGUUCCAGCCCCUUCACGCACGCAGUGCGGCAGGUGGAGAAGAGCUGCCUAGCUGCCUCGGCAUCUCGGGACUCCUGCCUAGCAGUGAGCUUGGUGUUACGCUCCGACCAGCCACAACAACAACAGCAACAAUAAUCAGCACACAACCACAUGGUAGCAACCGCAGCAGCAGCAGUCUUGGCUUAGGUAACCAUGGCUACUACACAGCGACUUGGGCGUGGGUGUGUUAAAGAGAUGGAACGGCGGUGCUUACAGCAAAGGAGUCAUGGGGACAGGCCGGAGGCGUGGGAAGGGCGCAGGUGGGCUGCAUCCCUGGAUGGCAGGCAGGACGCAAGCCUUCCUCGUACAUCCUAUAACGCAUGCUCGUUAGGCGAAUUAGGAGGAGUGUGGGCUCUUGUGCUGUUGCUGGGUUGAGGUUUUAGGUGUGCGUUGCUGACUGGCUAUCUAUGUCGUUUGAUGGCAGGGGUGCGAGGCUGGUUGGUGUUCUGGAAGUGGUAGUGUUCGAGAGUGUUGGGGUGCUUGCUGACAACACAUGGACGGUCUUGCAUAUUUGUGAUCCAACCAUUGGACACUGUCCUCCACGGUAUGGGCAGGAGGGGCACUAUGGCUAGGUGGUGGUGACGUGAGCUUACAAGUGAUCCGCAUUGGCUAGCUAGUAGGUGGUGUUAUUACCGACAUGAACCCC